GGAUUUUAUCUAAUUCGACAAGAGAUUAUAUAUGUACACGGGAUUCGCAGAAUCUGUUAGUUGCACGCAAAUUUUUAACCUAAGUUGUCACGCCUGUUGGAACGUGUUAUAUUUUGAAGUUGGUGAAACAGAACAGAAAGAGGAUGUUUGAAAAAAUUCUUAGAAAUUGAUAGUCAUUUAUGAUGCAAAAGAAAAAGGCUGUCUCACUGUGCUUGUUCUUUUAUUUCUUUUCGAUAAUUGAAUAUAUUUGUAAUUGAAAUUGUCGAACAUAUUUGAGAUAGAAUUAUUGCGCCGUAACCUGAAUCACGCAGCGAAUGUAGCAGCGUGUUUGAUAUUGUUACUAAUGUUUAUCAAAGAUUUAUCAGAUUUUCAUAUCAUCUUUUGAUUUUUUAAGGAAUUAUAUUAUGACAGCAAUAAAUGUGAACUGGUUGCAUUCUGUGGAGGGGGAAUCACUAAUGCAUCAUUUUUAUAUAAACACAUCAAAAAAAAGGAGAUUUUAUGGUAUUCUUGAAAGACCUCCUCUACCAUCUUCAAUUGAAGAAGUUACAUAUAAAAUUUUUAUGGUCGGAAGGUCUGGAGUGGGAAAAACUGCUGUUGUAUCUCGUCUUGCUGGAUUAGAAGAAUUGAGUAAUUAUACAGAAACCAAUGGGAUCAAAAAGACUAAUGUAUUCUGGCCAGUUAAGAUAUGGGAUAAAGUUGUAUUAUUUAAACUACAGUUUUGGGAUACUUCAGAGACAAGUAUCAAAAAAUAUAAUCAUAUAUUGCCUGCAUGUAAAGACAAAGUAGAUGCUAUAUGUUCUGUAUUUUCCUUUGAUGAUGCAACAGGAUUCAAUGAUGUCCCAUAUUUGAUGAAUACAAUGGCAGCUAUAAAAGAAAAACCAGCAAACAUAGUGAUAGGAACAAAGUUUAAACCAUGGUCCAGUUUUACAAUAGAAGAUGCACGGAUAAAAGAAUUUGAAGACAAAUGGAAAGUUAAAGUUAUUAGAAUUGAUAUUAAUAAACCUUCCAUGAGGUCUGAAAUGUUUGAUUGUUCUUGUCAGUUGAAUACUAUUUGUAAUAUUCUUUGGAAUAGAGAUAAAGAAUUUAUAUCUAAACAAAUGGGACAAAACUAAUCAUUUUUUUAUUGAAUUUUUACGGUAUUUCAAAGCAUUUUUUUUUAUAGAAGAUUUAAUAAAAGUAAACACUUGAUAAUUCUUUCUCAUCGAUUUUCCUUCUACUCGAGUAGAAUAGUAAUUCUGUUUUAACUUCAGGGUAGGAAAUAUUGUUGCUACAUUAUAUUUAGGGAUUUUGACUACUUAGAGGUUGCUAGUAUUGAAGACCAACUUUACGACUAUCACGUUCGUUUUUUGGUGGCGGCAAAGUUAAUAAUUGUUUCAGUUUUCACUUUUAUUUUUCUUGAAACAAAAAUUACAACACUUUGAAGAUCUUGAAGGUACAUAUGCAGGUAUG